GCAAUUUUCGGCUGUCAGAUGACGUUUCGUGCUGUCGUGGCGAUUGUUUAAACUUAAAAGAAAGUCUGCUGGAGCUAAUUUCAUAAACUUCUCCCCAUUCCUCAAUUAAAACCAAAACAAAAUCCACCAAGAUGUCCCGUCAACUGUUUGCCAUCUGCUUGGUUGCCGCCGUGUGCGCGUCCGGCGUGUAUGGAAGCUGCAAGGCUACCGUGAGCUCGUUCAGCACCCAGGAUGCCACGAUUCUCACCCAGCUGGCCCAUGUUGGCGAGAUUACGCUGCAAUGCAGCGGAGCGGCCCCCGCCAGCUUGUUUGCCGAGUUCCCCUGCGGCAAGGUGGUCCCUGUGGCCCAAGUGGGCGACAACAAGUACCAGGUGAGCUGGGUGGAGGACAUCAAGCAGGGCAGCAGCGGCAAUGUCCAGGUGCGUCUCUUCGACGAGGAAGGUUAUGCCAAUGUGCGCAAGGCCCAGCGCGAUGGCGAUAAGGUGUCGUCGGUCAAGUCCCUGCUGGACAUUGCUGUGCCCACGAAGAGCGCCUACAAGGGUCCCUGGGUGAAGGCUGAGCUUCUGGCCGCCUUCCUCGUCGGCGGCGUUGCCUACUUUGCCUUCACUACCAAGAGCAAGGUGCAGGCCUAAGAGGGAUUUCCAUUCUGUUUGGAGGAUGCCACCUCGUCAUCGACUUUCUGAAUGAAAUUCAUUCGCAUUAAAUCACCUAGCAUCAAAUUGGCCCCGGGUGGUCCCCCUCACGAAGAGAUUUUUCCACAUUUUGUACCCAUAAGCAUCGAAAGGAUCGAUCGCCCGUCGCCACCAAAAUAAAAAGUUCCAAAAACGA